AUGUAUGAAGGGGAUCGGCGUUUGGACGGCCGGGUAGUACUCAUCACCGGAGCCAACACUGGGAUCGGCAAAGAGACAGCAUUUCAGUUAUCGUUAAGAGGCGCUAAAGUAAUAAUGUGUUGUCGAUCGCUGGAUAGGGGAGAGGAGGCGCUGAACGACAUUAAAGCUCAGAACCCAUCGGCAGAUCUGACACUAUUUAAACUGGAUUUGGCGUCACUUAAGUCCGUCCGACAGUUCGCUCAAACCGUUGGACAACAGGUGCCGAAAGUGGAUAUACUUAUCAAUAACGCCGGAGUGGCCGUCACUCCCGAGUGGAAAACUACCGAUGGUUUUGAGAUGCAGUUCGGCACCAAUCAUCUAGGCCACUUUCUGUUGACAUUACUACUGUUGCCAUUAUUAAAGAAAAGUCAAUCGGCCAGGGUGAUUACAGUGUCAUCAACCGCAUAUAUGGCAGGCAAAAUUGACCUCGAUAACGUAAACCUCCAUAACGGUUCGUACGCCCCGUUCAAGGCUUACGCCCAAAGUAAACUGGCCAACAUAUUAUUUAGCCGAGAGUUGGCCCGUAGACUGGGCACUAAGUCAACGGUGCGCACCUAUAGUCUACAUCCGGGACCAGUUUAUACUGAAAUAUUUCGCCAUUCAGACAUGGGAUCUAUUGGUGAUAAAUUGGCCAAGAAGCUUUUUCUAACCGUAGAUAAGGGCGCCUAUACCACUGUUUACUGCGCUCUGGAGCCCAGUUUAGAUAAUGAGACAGGUUGCUUUUAUGCAAACUGUCGUCGAGUCGAUCGCAUGAUAUCGACGGCAACCGACGAUAAGAUGGGCGAAAGGCUGUGGGAAUUGAGCACUGAAUUGGUUAAUAUCGACGAUAACAUGAGAUUACCUCCUAUUAAGACAGCCGCCUGGCAGGACACCAGCUAA